AUGUCUACGUCUACUGCAAUGCUUCAUGACGCUCCAGUCGUCAAAAGGCGAACCCGACGAAGGUUGCUCAAUCGUAUGGGCAGGGCGUCAUCAUCUCCACACCUUACCGAAUUAGGUUCCGAUGGUCAAUACUCCGCUAGAAACUCCGUUUCUUGUAUUUCUUUGGCGACAGGCUCUCGUCAUGCUAAUACCGAACGGCAUGCUGCUCGAAUUGCAGAAAAGGAUGCCGUCAUAAGAAAUGGUAUGAGCUCAAAUGCUCCCACGGCAGCUGUUCCGAGAACUGCUCCCCUGCUGCAACACAGAAAUAUCCCGAGGAACUUUUUGGAGAUCCUCCCAGGCGAAAUAUGCCUACAGGUACUUGGUUAUCUGGAACCGAAGGAAUUGAUACGCUGCUCGAUGGUUAAUAAAGCUCUUGGGCAUUUGUGUUUCGAUGGUCAGUUAUGGAGUGUCUUAGAUACCGGGACAUUCUAUAAAAAGAUACCAGCAUACCAAUUGACAAAAUUAAUCAGCCUGAGUGGCUCUUUUAUCCGCUAUCUCAAUCUUAGAGGAUGUGUUCAACUGCAAAACGAGUUUUACGCUAUUACUGCAACUUGCAACAAUCUUGUAUCAGCAUCCCUUGAAGGCUGUUCCCUUUCUAGACCCACCGUUCACCGACUCAUUACCAACAAUAACCAUUUGAUCCAUUUGAACGUUUCCGGCUUGGAAGCCGUUACCAACGUCACUUGCAAACACAUUGCCGAAUCAUGUCGACAGCUUACGACACUGGAUAUUUCGUUUUGUGCUAAUAUGGAUGCUAGAGGCAUUCGUAGGAUUGUGGAAUCUUGUACAUUCUUGACGGAUUUAAGGGCGGCGGAAUGUUUGGGAAUUGAUGAUGAAUCGACACUAGAAUCGAUUUUCAAAACCAAUACGCUGGAGAGACUAUUACUUGGUGGAUGUGACGGUUUGACGGAUGAAUCUAUUCGUAUUUUAGUGGAAGGGAUCGAAGCCGACAUUGACCCAUUGACUGAUCGAACGACAGCACCAGCUAGGAGAUUGAAGCAUCUGAAUCUCAGCAAAUGCAGGGGACUCACAGACAUCGCUCUCAAGCAUCUUGCGUACAACGUUCCUAACCUCGAGGGACUGGAGUUAUCCCAUGUGGUGGAACUUACAGAUGAAGGGGUAUCCGACUUACUUCGCACUAUCCCAAAGCUCAGUCAUUUAGAUCUUGAGGAGUGCUCGAAUAUCACAAAUGAUAUGUUGGUAGAGUUGUCUAAGGCACAAUGUGCAAAGUCAUUGCGUCAUUUACAGCUGUCUUUUUGCGAAAAUAUCUCGGAUGAGGGUAUGAUCCCGGUUAUUAAAAGCUGCACCGCCCUUAGAAAUCUCGAGCUUGAUAAUACUCGCAUAACCGACGCUUUCCUCACUGAAGCAUCAACCGCAGUCCGCAGCCGAGUCAGCAGCAACUCUACAUCAAGAAAGCCACGGGUCGGACUCCGCUUGGUGUGCUUCGAUUGCGUUAACGUAAACUGGACUGGAAUCCAAUCCGUGCUGUCUGCGAACAGCACACAUACAACCGACUUGAAGAUCGGUAAAUCCAAUAAGAACUCCACAAACCUGGCGCCAUGCCGCGAGGUGAUCCACUUGAAGUGCUAUUACGGGUGGCAACAAACCGCCGAUCAGCAUUUGAAGCUCGUACUCAGAGGAGAUAUGGCGAGCGCGAAAUGGCUGGAGGAUCGAUGGGCGGACCAUAUGACAUCGAAUGAAGAUACGACGCAGAGCAGUCGUCGUCGGAGACGAAGGGCUCGGGAAGCCGCUAUGUUAGAUUUUGAUGAUAACCUUGACGGGAGGAGGCGAAGGAGGACUGGUGGGUGCUCUAUUAUGUGA